AUGGAUACUGCUCGUAGUUUUAGGGAUGGCAGCGCUGUCUACCGACCCCUACUUGAUCCAACGUUGACGAAGGAAGACAAGCGCAAAGCCAAACUGGAGUUAAAUGAGAAACCGGAAGAUGUGCACAAACACCUAAGUAGAAUCAGGGAAUACUUGGCCCGAGAAACGGAUCUCAACUAUCGGUCGGAUGAUGGAUUUCUGCUUCGAUUCUUGCGGGCUCGAAAGUUCAACGACGAGCGAGCUGCCAGUCUAGUUAAAGACUUUUACAAGUACAAAGCAAAGAAUCCAGUUUUGUUCCGAAGACCCAAAGAUAUGGAAAGUAUCUUAAGAUGCAAUAUUUUCAACUAUCUUGCCCACAGGGAUGCACAAGGAAGAGCAGUUUUUAUCAUGAAAAUAGGACAUUGGUGCACUGAGUCCUUCACUUUCAAGGAAUUCGUUGGAGCUGGAACUGUGUUGAGCCAGUGGGUUCUGACCAAUCCAGUGACGCAAAUAAAUGGCUUCGUUGCUAUUUGGGAUUUCAAGGACUAUUCCUUCCAGCAUUUCUCAAAUUCCUGCACUCCUCGCCUCAUGUGGAUGCUCUGUUCCCUCAUGCAAGAUUGCUUACCUGGACGUUUUAAAGUUGCUUACUGUGUCAACUGCCCUCCCCUUGCUGAUGUCGUCUGGAAACUGUUCAAGCCGCUUAUAAGAGAAAAAUAUCGAAAACGGAUAAUGGUUUUCGGAACCAAUAUGGAGCUCUUGCACAAAUAUCUUCAUCCUGCCAUCCUACCAGUUGAAUAUGGGGGCCUACUACCUCCUUCAGACUGUACAGACACUGUCGAAAAGCUGUUGGAAACAGACACCGAAUGGCUGAAAGAUCGCCGGUAUGGAUUCCGAUCGCAGACCCACAGAUGCAAAGAUGAAGAGGAAGAAACAGACCUAGUCGCCUCACAGAGCACUGCUCCAGAGGAAACUUGUGUCGCUUGA